UCGUUUGUUCUCUUUCGAUUUUUUCUUCGAUUUCAUUCAAAGUGUUUGUUGUCGUUUUGUCAUUAUUGUUGCUGCUGCUGUUGUUGUAUGCCACAUUCGGUUCUUUGGCGCUCUUCUCGCUUUAGCCAAAUGUCCACAAAAGUUCAACUCAGUUGUGUGACUUUUUCAAUUGGCUCCAGUUUCACGCGGCGGUUUUAAAAACGUGGCCGACGCGAAUUUAAAAUUUUGGCGCGUUUCGUUGUGUGUUUCUAGUGUGUCAUAUAACGCUGUUUAUGCGUUCGAUAAUUCGAUAAACUACUGCUAUAAAGUGGUUGAAAUAAAAUAUUAAUUUCGGGAAAUUAUUUAAAGUGUCUGACUUGUGUGUAAGCUCAAAUAUAUAUGUGUUCUCAUGUAUUACAUACAAACAAUUGACCGUUUUUGUAUUCAAGAAUAAUAAAUAAUUGGAACAAUGAAGAAAAUAAAUAAAAUGCUAACCGCAUAGUACUAAAUAAUUACAAUGCCAGUGGAAUAGGUGUAGAUCAAAACAAUACGGACUAUUAGGAGAACACACAAGAACAUUAAAACAUAAAAUUAAAGUGAUAAAAUAAAACAAUGGAGCAAGUUUCCCGAAAUGUCAGGGAAGCGAGCCAAAGUCAAUAAAAUAUAUGAUACCUGUGUAUAUACAUACAUAUGAAUGUAUGUCUAUUUGUACAUGAAUAGUACGACUUGUGUCGGUGAAAAAUCAUAAAUAGUCAUAAAAAAAUUAAUCAUUAAAAGUGAUUCCGUAAAAACGCUGAAGCCAACAGCAACAAUAAAUCGUGAACGCGCGGUCAUAACAAUAAAACCCAAAUACAAAAUCCAAAACUAAAUAUUAAAUACAACAAAAACGUGGGUCAAAACCGUUUAUUGAUUGUAAAGAUUUUUAAUUUGUUGCUUGUUGCAUUGUCUUUGUGAUUAUGUGCUGCUGGUGAAAGAAUACUCGUGCAAAUACAAAAUCGAAAAUCUUUAGCAUCCCAGUUAAACGUUCGCGUGUGUUUGUGUAAGGUUUCGAUUCGACAAGGGUGAGUGUGGCAAAUUGGGCCAUCAAGUGCAACAACAAUAGUGACAAAGCACUGUGGGUUAUAUAGCUUGAAAGCUGCUGUAGAAAUCAUAAAACCUCCGAUAUACAAUUUAAGUCAAAGCCAAUACAAAAUCACAUAAAAAUACUCAACAAGUUUAUUACUUUUAAAUCGUGUAUUGGUCAAAUACGGUACGAAUACCUAGAGUGACACGUAUUCCAAUUGUAAAAAUCCUCUGUGCUUGUUCUAUCUACAUAACUGUGCUUAAGCAUGUGUGUGUGCAUUCAUAAAUAUUAAAUAUUUAUAGAGCACAAGAGUAACAGCAUAAGGUAUUCACUAUAAACAUACAGCAACAAAAAUUAAUUUGAGUUUUACUACGGAAAUAUCAAACGAUUAACUGGAAAUGACUAAAAUAUUAAGCCACCAUUUGCCAACAGCUCUAGCCACCAAACUCAACAACAUCACUCCGACACUCCAACCAGGACCACUAUUUUCCCACAUCACCACCACUCCCACAACCAUAACCACCACGCCAGCAAGCAAAACUUCACAGCGUUUCUCCACAAAAUGAUGGAUCGCAUCCCAUCAUUAUCGCUAUCAGGCAUAUCGCUCGCGCAUCCACUCUCGUUAUCCACAACAGGACAGCAACUUCAAAACCAUCUUAAUUCCGCAUCGGCGGUCACAUCGUCAACUAGCACAGGUGGACACCAUCACCAGCAUCAUCAUCAUCAUCACCAUUUGGGUCAAUUAGCCGCUGUUGUACAUCAACAACAACAACAACAGUUGCAACAGCAACAGCAGCAACAACAACAUCAUCAUCAACAACAACAAGCACAUCUGCAGGCACAUCACAACAAUCACCAUCUAAGCCAUCAUCAGUUGUCAUUGAAUUCGGCAUCCUCGACUAGCCACUCACCAACAUCUAGCAACUCAGCAUCAGCGUCGCUGCACCAUCACCACACCUCGCUGCUGGCGACACAUUCGGGCAUUCACGCAUCCCCCACUGCGUUGUCACAUCAUCCACACAGCAGCAGUAACAAUCACUCCGCGUCGUCAGCCACAUCGCUUUCACUGCAUCAGUCAGCUUCUGCUUCUUCGUCGGCAGGUUCAGCCGGAUCGGGGAGCUCGGUGGGCUCAGGUGGGGCCGGUUCUUUAGGGGUUUCAAGUUCAUCGACACAUCAGCUGCAGCACCACAGCUCGGCAGCGUUGCAUAGUCAGCAUCAGCAUUCACUGCACCACACCACCCACCAUCACGCGCACAGUCACCUGAACGCGCACGUAGCCGCCGUUUCUUCGCCCGCUAACGCAACGAAUUCGGCUAGUACCGCAUCCGUGAUGGCCGCCGCCGCCGCUGCACAUCUGCACCACAAUGCGCAGGCCACCUCACCGAUGACAAAUCUACACCAAAACAUGGGCGGCCUCAUGAAUAGUGGCAGCAGCGCCAGCGAUGUCUUCUUUAGUCUAAUGAUACAAAAUACAACGAAGCGCCAAAACGAGGAACACAUCAAAAGACCCAUGAACGCAUUCAUGGUUUGGUCUCGACUGCAGCGACGAAAAAUUGCACAGGAUAAUCCGAAGAUGCAUAACUCGGAAAUAUCGAAGCGUUUAGGUGCCGAAUGGAAACUUUUAACCGAGGAUGAGAAACGCCCAUUUAUUGAUGAAGCCAAGCGACUACGUGCAAUGCACAUGAAAGAACAUCCCGACUACAAAUAUCGUCCCAGAAGAAAACCGAAAGCAUUGCGACGAGAUGGCUACCCUUAUCCGAUGCCAUACCCAUCAGUGCCAGUGGAGGCGUUACGCGCAGGUAUAACGCCAGGGUACUUUGCGCCAGGGCCAGCAGCAGCAUAUCACUUGGGCAGCCAUCUGACACAAACGAAUUCGCCAGCAUCACAGACCGGCCAAAUGGAUGUACCGAAAUUCGCGCUCGAUCGAAGCUCGUACCUGAGCUCGGCGGCCACAGCUGGCACAUUGUACGAGACCUCGAAGGCUGCCCAAGCGAGUGCCGCCUACAGCGCCUACUUGGACCCCAGCGUCCUAACCAAGGCAUACUUCGAUUCCAAAAUGUAUCAGGACCGUGCUGCCAACUAUGCCUUUGACAUUUCGAAAAUCUACGGUGCUCAACAGCAUGGCACGUCGGCGGCGGCCGCUGCAGUGGCGCAUCAACAGCAACAACAACACUUGCUCAAUGGCCUCGGCAUCGGCAGUUCACACCAGAAUAGUAACAACAAUAAUAACAACAACCAUGCAACAGCGAACAACAAUCUGGACGAACGUGACAACACACCGCAUUUGGAUAGCAGCGGAGGCGCAAGUGGUGGCAUCCCAAGCGGUGUGGCGGACUCUAAGCCACAUCUACACUCGCCAACAGAUGCACAACUUGACUACUCACAAUACGCACAGUAUGGGCAAGUUGGUGGAGCCGCCGUCGGUUUGGGUGGUGGCGUCGUCAGCAACGGUGGCUUGGGUGGCAUUGGCUCGGGUGGCGGCCCCGGCGCAGCUGGUGCUGGCGGCGAUUUUCGACGUCCGCUCACAGUCAUAUUUUGACCACCAUCUGUCGAGAGUGAGGAACUCAACCUGUCCAUGACGAAUUAGGUUUGCAAAAACUGAGGUUAAAAGCAUAAGUACAUAUGUAUGUAUGUAUGUGUAUUAGCGAUAACAGCGAAUCAUAUGAAUAUUUCACAUUACAACGGUUUUAUUUCUAGAAUCUUAGUACACAGCUGCAUAUGUAGAUCAUAUAUAUGUAGAGUUAACGUAUAUAUAAAAUAAAUAUUUGCAUAUAUAAGAGUAAUUAUAGAAAAAUAUAAGGAAGUACUUAAGUCCAAUUCUUUGAAGGAUUGCAACGAAAGCGUAACAGUUGGAGGCUUGAUUUGUGUUGAAGUGGAAUUUAUAAUGUAGUGUGUAAAAAUUCUGAGUGAAAAUUUGUUAGAUUAAAAUAUUAAAUGGUUACGAAAUACAUAAUUCGGUUUACACAUAGUUGACAGGUUUGUUUGCGAGUGGCAAGAAAGCGCUCAACUCAGUUAAAAUUUCCUCGAAAUUCGUUAGCAACACUGUAACAUCUAAACUGUGAAACUGAACAAUUUAAUCAAAAUAUUAUGUCAAAAUAACAUUAACAGCCGGUUUCACGAAACAAAUUUAAGUGAAAAAUAAUUAAUUUCAGUUUCACCAUUUGACUUAAUUUUUAUUUAAAUGGUCAUGCUUUGCCAUUUAAAUACCUUCAUAUGUAACCAUGGUUACGCUUUUCUAUCAGCUGAAUUCCCAUUUGUUUACCAUUUUGACAAAGAAAUACAAUUUAUUUGUUUACAUACAUAAAUCAGCUGUUAUUCGUACUAACAUCCCUGCCUUUUAGUUUUUUGGGUGCCAAAUGUCAAUAAUGGUGAAACACAGGAAACUUAAGUGCAAAGUUAAAUAAAAUUAAAAUUAAAAUUAAAAUUAAAAUUAAAAUUAAAAUUAAAUGGAACUUAAUUUUCAAUUAAAAAAUUUCGUGAAACCGGUUGUAAGUCAUAUUAAUUAUAUUUAAUUUUCUGCUUUGCACUGGGAUCCUUACAUAAUACAUAAAAGCCCUUACAUCACUAUGUAGCGCUUUAUUUAAAAUUGCUAUAUAUUUUAAUUCGUCAAAUAGUAUUUUCGCACAGCCAAAUUAAUUUAGUACAUUAUCAUAACCAACCAGUUUUUGCAUUACGCACAGCCGGCUACUCGAUUAACGAUUUGCUUUUAUCCAUUUUUGUUUUUGCUGUUCAUAGAAAGUUCGGUAGUUUCAUCAACUUAUUGCUAUUUUAUCAAUAAACAUACCCAAAUUUGUAUUCCAUUAAAAAUUCAUAUAGUAAAAUAAGAUUUUUCCUUGUUUGGUAAAUCGAUCAGCGCUUUAAUCAAACAAAGAACGGUUAAUUGAUCACACACAGAAGAGAGGUACAUAUUUUUUUGGAUUAAGCCAUUCUAUUAAGGGGUUAGGUGGGUUUCAGAUUUCACUUUUUUUUAGUAUAUACCAUCAUGUAUUUCAUUUAAACAAUUCAGCAUCGAAGAAAAAUCUCGUUAUAUAUUUAAACAGUAUUUUGUGAAAUUUUUCUUUACAAAUUCCGAAAACUCAACCGUUGGUACCUCACCUCCCAUGACGUGUCCAAAAAAAGCUCUUUCAGUGGAGAGCAAAACUCAUAUUGGUUCAUCUAAAAUCAAUAAACCAAAAAUAUUUCGAUAAUGUAUGGAUAAAUAUAGUUAAUAAACAAAGGAAACAAAUAAAAUAUUAUAAUUUUAAUUUUAACAGAAUUUUAACGAAAAACUCAUAUUUUUGGUCAACUCAUAUAUUGGAUCGAAAAAAAAUAAUUGUAAUAAAAAAAUUCAGUAACUAGAUAAUGUUAUUUGAAAGAUGUGUGCAAAAUUUGAACAAAAUGUAUUCAUAAAUUUUCGAGAAACCGUGUCCACCGACUUAAAAAAUUGAGUUUUGAGAUAAACGCAUUUAAAGUUUUAUAUUCAAGCUGAUGUGGCCUGAUGGGCGGCAUUUCCAGAAGGUCUCUUACAAUUUCACUCGGAACGAUUUGAUAUUUUUGGAAAAUAUUUGAAACAUAUUGAACUAUUUAUUUUAUAAACUAAUUUUAAAAAUGUGAAACCCACCUAACGCCUUAAGUCAUUUUGUCAACCGUUUUACUCAAAAACCGGAAAUUGAAUUGAAAUUUCAAAAUUAUUUCUUCAAAAACAAAUAAUUUUAAUCACAAAUUUAUAACAGGCACUUGGAA